AUGCCACAAAUGAAUAGAAGAUCCAACAUUUCAAUUGAAUCUGGAAUCAAUUCUUUUCCUGAGCCACUUGAUAGUCAACCCUCCAAUAAUAGUUAUCACCAUUAUAUUGCUGAUGAAGAUGAAUCUUCUUCAGAAGAUAAACUUUUUCUUCGCUUGAUCAACAUUGUAAUUCAAGCUCCUUUAAGGAAUC